AAAAGAAAAAAAAGAAAAAAAAAGGACAAAACAUGGUAAUCUAAAACGUCUGCCUCUUUGUCUUCUAAAACCAUUUAUUUUACACAUAUUCGAUGAUGUCGAUGAUCUAUGAUUCUGUUCGGUCAUUGAUUUACAAAUAUAUAUGAUAUACCACUGUGAUGUUUAAAUUCCAAUCAAGAAUUUCGGAUAUUUCUGCAUAUAUGGCGUCGUGUGAUUUUUCUAUUAAUGCGGAAAAUGUGGAAAGGUAUUUUGACAGUAUAGCAUUGUCAGUAAGCAAAAAAGUGAAUUUGCAUAUAAAUGAGUUAUGAAAAUUAAUUUAUAUAUUAGCGAUUAUCGAAUCGUUUUAAAUAUGCCCGAGAGAUGUGCUGUUGGUAUAAAUUUUAAUUAUUUGUACUUCAAAGAGAAAAUUAUUUGUUAGUUUAUCUUACAUUUUGUUGAUCUCAUUUAUGUGAUUGAUAUCAGUUCAAGUGUAGGAUGCAAAAGAUCGAUAAGGAAGUGACUCGUUGUUAUCAUAAGGAAUUUUUCUUAAACGUCAGAAUUAUUUCAUAAGUUGUAGCAAGAGGUUAAGAAUGUUCGUAUGUUUUGACAGAUAAUUUCGUAAUUAGAUUACGAAAUGUGAAAUUACAAUAAUCGAUUGAUUUUCUUAUUCAUUAUUUAAAAUAUGCUUCUCUAAUGUAUAUAAAUCGUAAAAUAACGAAAUUUUUCUAUACCAUUACGAUGCCGUUCAAAUUUCAUUUAAAGAGAAGCCGUCAAUAUAAUGUAGUGUCCAAAAAUCAAUAUGUAAUAUGUAUAGAAUUAUUGGACACCACGUCGAUAGAAUGUACUUUAAAUAUUGACAGUUUGGGUCAAGAAUGCCUGGAUAAUAUCGUACAAAGAUUAGGCCUUGUACAGCCUGAAUUUUUUGGAUUACGUUAUAUAAGCCGACAUGGUUCUCCUUCUCCUCGCUGGGUAGACAUGGAUAAACCAUUAAAACGGCAACUUGAGAAAGAAGCUAAGAAUUUUAGUUUAUACCUAAGAAUUAUGUACUAUGUGACAGAUGUUCAAUUUAUACAGGACGAAAUGACGAGGUAUCAUUAUUACCUUCAGUUAAAAAGUGAUGUACUAGAAGGUAGAAUUCAUUGUAAUUCUAGACAAGCUAGUCUCUUAGCAAGCUAUUCGAUGCAAGCUGAGUUUGGUAAUUACAAUACAGAAAGACAUACGACAGAAUGUUUGCAACAAUGUACCUUCUUUCCCAAGGAUGUAAUACAAUCAGAACCAGGUGGAUUAGAUAUUUUAUUGCAUAAUGCAGUCUGUCAAUAUAAAAAUUUGAUUGGAGUAACACAGGCGGCAGCUGAAGAAUUAUAUAUUUCUGUAGUUAUGCAAUUAGAAGGAUAUGGUAAUGAAACAUUUCCUGCAAAGGAUAGCAAUAAUUCAGAAGUUAUACUCGGUGUAUCUUUAAAUGGAAUUAUGUUGGUGUGUCCUAAAUCUCAAACAACGCACUUUUACAGAUGGAAAGAUAUUAGUAAUGUGAUAAAUCAUAAAAAAACAUUUAGAAUAGAAUGUCAGUCUGAGAGCGAAGAUGCAAAACAAUUUAUAUUCAAUGAGUCGCGCGAUGCGAAAUAUGUAUGGCGUCUUUGUAUAGCACAACAUACAUUUUAUAUGCAACAUCAAGAAUCACGACCUUCAGAAAGAUCUAAUAAUGGAUAUUUUGAUAGCGACACGAAUGAUUCUGGGGAACAAGCGGUAUCUAUGGAAAAUCGAACGGUAGACGAUCAUAUGCAUUGGACAAGUUACAAUGAUCUUUCAACUUCUCCUUAUCCCGUGGUCUCGGUUUCUUCUACUGAAAUUAAUAAUUUACGUGCCUUAUUACCAUCAUACAGGCCAGCACCAGAUUAUGAAACGGCCGUUCAAAUGAAAUAUAAUAAUGGAGGAAAUGCUCCUCAGCCUUAUUAUGCAAAUCAAUCUACUAUCGUUGGACAAGAUAUUUCGUGCCUUCUUGGUAAUGUGGUAAAUAGAAGUAGAUAUUAACUUAAAUAUUAAUAUCCGCAUCGCAUGAUUUGAAUAUUUUUUUAAUAUUUUAAAUAUACGAUCGCGUUAUAUUUACGUAACCAAAUAUAUAUUUUUUGAAUAGCAUCAAAAAUGUUUAUAUGUAAUACACACACAUACAC